AUGGCACCCACAACCGUCUUAAUUACUGGCGCCAACCGGGGCAUUGGUAAGGGUCUGCUGGAGCUAUACCUGUCCAGGCCCAACCACACUGUCAUCGCUGCGAACCGGGACCCGAAUCAUCCAACGUCCAAAGCAUUGGCAGACCUUGCCACUGCAGAAGGCACAACAUUACGAGUAAUCAAGAUCGAUGUCAUCUCAGCUACAGACCCAGUAAACGCAGUUAAGGAGCUGACUAGACUCGGAAUUGAUCACAUCGAUAUCCUCGUCGCGAACGCAGGGAUUGCUCUCUCCUGGCCCAAAGUGUCCGAGGUCAAGGUCGAGGAUAUCCAGAAGCAUGUAGACACUAAUGUAUACGGUUUCAUUCAACUGUAUCAGGCGUUUCUGCCACUCCUUAAGGCAGCUCAGGAUCCGAAGUUGGUGACUAUCGGUUCAAGCGCUGCCUUUCUUACGUUCUUGCAAAAUUUUAUUCCGAUGCAAAACGCCGCGUACGCUGCUACAAAGCUCAUGCAACACUGGUAUACUAAGGCUAUCUCGACCGAAGAGCCCUGGCUCACUGCUUUUCCGAUUGAUCCUGGUUGGGUUCAGACAGACCUUGGGAAUCGAGGAGCUGUCCAGUUCGGUUUUGAGAAAGCUGCGGUUACUAUUGACGACAGUGUGCAUGGGAUUUUGAAAGUCAUUGAUGCCUCUAGUCGAGAGACACAUAGUGGGAAGUUAUGGAAAUAUGAUGGAAAUCAGGAGCCUUGGUGA